AUGAGAAAACUGAGGCCCAGAAUACUGACCUCAGCAAAGUGGGGAAAAAUGGUAAGUGCCCUUGCCCACCCAGAAACACAGGCUGUGACCAAAACUGAAGCCCCAGGGAUUCAAGCCAACCACACUCACCCCCCAGAAGAGCCCAACCUGGAAGAGAAGAAGUUGACGCCUCCCGCACAGGGUCCCUUUUUCUACAUCGGGGGGACCAAUGGGGCCGUGCUGAUCAGUUCCUAUUGCCGGAGCAAAGGCUGGCAGAGAAUCCAUGACAACCGUCGGGAGGAUUACAAGCUGAAAUGGUGUGAGAUCAAGUGCAGGGACACCUAUUACUCCUUUCGAGAAGGCGAACAACUCCUCUACCAGAUCCCUAACAACAAGCUGUUGACAACUAAGAUCGGCCUCCUGAAUGCCCUGCGAGAAUAUGCCAGAGUCAUGAGCAAGAUCACCAGGUCACCAACUGCAGUGCACAUCAAGGUUCUGAAAAUGGAUGACUUUUUCCCAGAGACCUACCGUCUAGAUGUGAAAGAUGAACGGGAAAACUUCAUUACCGUCUUCCGUGAUGAAGAGAUCUGGAUCUGUAAACCUACUGCUUCCAACCAGGGGAAAGGCAUUUUUCUGAUCAGGACCCAAGAGGAAGCAAUUUCCCUCCAGGCCAAGAUGCAGAGCAUCGAGGAUGAUCCCACCUAUAAGAAGAUGCCCUUUAAGGCUCCCCAGGCACGAGUUAUACAGAGAUAUAUCCACAACCCACUGCUCCUGGAUGGGAAGAAGUUUGAUGUGCGAUCCUACCUGCUUAUUGCCUGCGCUAUGCCUUACAUGGUCUUCUUUAGUCAUGGCUAUGCAAGGCUGACUCUGAGCCUUUACGACCCCAAGGCCAAGGACCUUGCAGGACAUUUGACUAAUCAGUUUAUGCAAAAGAAAAGUCCCCUGUACAUGCUCCUGAAGGAAGAGACUGUGUGGAGCAUGGACCGCCUCAACAAACACAUCAAUGAAAAGUUCCGCAGAGCAAAAGGGCUCCCCAGGGACUGGGUGCUCACCACUUUCACUAAACGGAUGCAGCAGAUUAUGCUCCAGUGCUUCCUAGCUGUGAAGUCCAAGUUGGAGUGUAAACUAGGCUACUUCGACCUCAUUGGCUGUGACUUCCUCAUUGAUGAGAACUUCAAGGUAUGGCUGCUGGAAAUGAACUCCAACCCUGCCCUACAUACCAACUGUGAGGUCCUGAAGGAUGUUGUACCCAGAGUGGUCCAUGAGACUUUGGAUCUCGCUCUGGAGACCUUCCACAAGAGCCUCCGAACAGAAAAGAUGCUUCCUCUGCUAAGCCAGCGUAAUUUUGUGCUUUUGCACAGUGGUGAGGAUGACCUGUGGCCCCGGUCUGUCCGCUUAAGAAGCCCAAUACGACAUCUGAGGCUGGGCUGUGAGCCAUCCUGCCAGGCCAUGAACCUGCUGUCGUCAACCACAGGCUCCAGCUCAGCCAAGGCUGUGGACAGGUCUUCGAAGAAGCAAGAGCCCUCUAGGACCUCUCUGAAACGAACAGGCCUGCUGGGGCCCCCAGGGCCCGUCCACCCCAAGUCCGCCUUACAUCUCCUCAACCCAAGCUCCAUGGUGAAAGGCCAGUCCCAGGCCCCAAGCCAGGGCAACCUCCAGCCCCAGCCUCACCCCAGCACCUUGUCUGAGGAGCCUGAGGUGGUUCCUGACCCCCCAAGUCACACGCUUACUCUCCUCCGGCCACUAGCCUCAAACUCCUCUGACUUUUGGUUCCAGGGAGCUCUGGAGAUAGAGCAACCCAUAAUAGCUAGCAAUGACCUCUUCUUGCCCCUCUAUCCAUCCCGGAUGCUGUCUCUGAGCUUCCCGUCAGAGCCCAUUCCCCCAUUUGAUACCCCCAGCCCUUUGGAGGUCCAGGAUGGUGCCCUCGAAUCCUUCCUGGGCCUCCCUGAGUAUGAGCGCAAGGAUGUGGGCUACCGGGGUUCAUAG